AUGACUGCCUUCUUUGUGGACUGGGAGCUUUGGCAAGAGAUGACUUUCGUUCUUGGGUGCUGCAUUGUUCUUGUUUUCGCCAUGGGACUUGUGAAACUAUGGUGGUCUAACCGAGCCAUACGCCGUCUUGAGAUUAUUGACGAGGAGAAGCGCGCACGAAUGUCCCUCAUGUCACGUUGCGGUAUCGAAAACAUGCGAGCUCCCGAGAUCCCUUUUGGUGUUCGUGCUAUUCUGAGCGGCGUCGAGGUGGAGGGCAUCUGGAUCUCAAGGCCAAAUUCGCCUGGGCCAUGCCAACUCACACCAGUAACAACUCAAGUUGGUCGGCGCAUCAGAAUAUCCAAAGGAAAGGGGAAAAUGAUAGACAUAGGGUCAUCUGAAUGUCUAUCAGACGCACUCAACUCCGAAACGACGCCAAGCUACCCGACAUCUACAAGGACAUCUCAGCAGGAUGGCAUUGUCUCAACAGAGGGCAUCCAGAGCCAGCAAGAACAUUCCGACUCAGCUAGUUCAGUGACAAAGACUCAAGCUGACUCAAUUGUCCGACCAAAUUCACAGAUAAACUGCAACCAUACGGAUUCUAGAUCAUCUAGCAGUUGCAACGAUGACUUCAUCACGCCAGAACAAACACCGCCGGGAUCUACCGUAAGCCAGACAGAAGCUUUCGAGAAGGGGAAAGGACACUCGGUAUCAGACACCAUCUUCAGUAUAGAGCAGCUAAAUGCCUUGCCACACACUAUUCAUGAUAUUGCGACGAAAGGCUUUGAUGACGCCCAGUCUUAUGACGCACACCGGCCCUCCUACCCUCCUGCUGCUGUCGCCAGUCUUCUGGGACAUCUCGGUCUCGAGGGUCAAUCUGGACGCCAUAUCCUAGACCUGGCAGCUGGCACUGGCAAAUUCACUGAGCUUCUAUCUGCCAGGCCGGAAGGAUACAAAAUUAUUGCCGUAGAGCCGUUGAACUCGAUGAGAAACACCCUUGUUGCCAAGAAACUCUCCAAAGUAGACGUGCGGCCAGGUACGGCAGCUGAAAUGAAGGACGUGGAAGAUGGAUGGGCUGACGGCUGCAUUGUGGCUCAGACUGACGUUUUGAAGGCCUUUCACUGGUUCGCCAGAGAGGAGUCCCUCAAGGAGAUACAUCGGGUACUCAAGCCUGGGGCCAAACUGGGGUUGAUCUGGAAUGCUGAAGAAUAUAAUCGCCCCGAAAGCUGGCCAGCCUCUACAAAGUGGGAGCAGGAGCUCAGCGAGCUCAACUUCAACGAAAAGGCGGACAACGAGCCUCGGUUCCGACACUUGCUAUGGAAGAAAGUCUUCGAACGUCAAGCCGAAGCUGAGAAGCCAUUCUUUUCCACGCCCAUCGAGACCGAAAAAAUCACAUGGUCGAUUUGGUUGACCCCUGAUGCUUUGUGGGACAGAUUCGACACACUUAGCUGGAACAAACUUCGGCAAGGGGAGGAGCGUCGACUGUUCAGAGAGAAGUUCGACAAGAUCAUCAAGGAGGGCGAUGCCACGUUCAACGAGAACGGUGAGGUUGAGCUCCAUGGGUGCACUUUCUUUGCCUGGACGUCACGUUUGGAUGGUCCAGAGUGA